AUGGUGCCUCAACCGCUCAACCUCACCAAUAAUUCCUAUCUUUCAGCCGCAACAGCACGAACCUUUGGGCCCAAGACUCCGACAGAUAUAUGCGGCUUCACAAAAGACGCACGUCUGAUAGCUCCAAGACAGCGUCGCCGCGCUACAGUAAUCGUACUCAACGGCAGAACACCUCCUCACUUCGCCCUUGAGUCUCCUCCGCGCAGACGUAAAAGCGCGACUGAUCGUCGCAAGAGUUUGCAGCGGCAUCUAUACUCUGCGCAGAAUCUUACGUUGCGCAAUCCAAGCAAUGGUCUUUUGCGGCAGGGUUCUGAGAAGCGCAACAAUCUAUGCGACUGUACUUCAGGUCUGGAUAUAAAAUUGACGGAGCUUUGCGUUGAGCAACCUGAUCGUGAGCCUUUGCGGUCGCCGGCAAUGUUUUCACCUUGUUGUUGGAGCAUUCCCUCACCUACGCCGGGGAGUUCCUUUUCGCUGAGUGAGCAGGUUUACCAAUUUCAAGGCCACUGCAAUGGGAAUCGUAAGAGCAGGCGGGCUACGUGGGCAUUUGAUGUGGAUGGGGGUGUGAACAAAUUGCCGUCUUGUCCAUUCUGGUCAUGUUCAGAAUAUCCUGAGGCGCAAUCGUCGCGACUUUAG